AUGCCGCUGCUCUGCCGCGUCGCCGACCGCUGCCCGCGCCGCAUCGCCGUGCCCCGCGCCGCCUCAGCCGUGCGCCUCGCCAUCUCCCCGACGACUGGAGCCGCCCGCCGGAGCCCCGUGCCGCCUCGCCGGAGCUCGCCGGAUGAAGAAGAGAAAAAAGAUAAGAGUGAACCAAUGGGUCGUAGAAUGGUUGAGCAGGGCAGUGAUAAUGAUGGUCCUGCCAUUCCUGUUAGUGAUGCCAUACCAAAUGAGGUAGUGAUUACAUAUGAUAAGGACCACCCAAAAAUGGACCUUGGCACAAUGUACCCAUCAAUGAAGGAAUUUAGGUUAGCAGUGAGGCAAUUUGCCAUCAAUGAGGAGUUUGAUAUAGGCACGGAGAAGUCAGAUAAAAAGAGAUUUAGAGGGUUCUGCAAGUCAAGUGAGGAUUGUCCUUGGAGGAUUGUUGGCAGCCUACAGGAUGAUAAAUGUACUGUAAAGGUCACAGUUUUAGUUGAUCAACAUGAUUGUGUUUCAAGCAGCAGGGUGAAGACCAUAACGCCAUCGCAAGACUAG